AUGCAAUUGGGGAAGUUCUUCUCUCACCGCAUGGAGUCUUACAAGGAGUUGACUUGUGAGUUUUUGGCAUCAAUGAAGCAUCACGAGUUUGAUGAGCUCGAUCGAGCUGAGUUGGACCGAGGCUGGGGGAAAGCCACUGGAACAAUCAAUGAGGGAGAAGUGAAGCUCCUUACCAUGGGAAUCAAGCCUAUCAUCUCACGAACUAGGGAUGGGAAGAAGAUCAGAGGAGAUAGGGCACAUGCAGGGAAUCUCAUGCCUCUCCUUGAGCAGCUCCAAGCCUACAAGCAGGAGUUCAUGGACAAGAGAAGGUCUACUCCACCAGGUUGGAUGGACAUCAAGUUUUGCAAGACCAACCUUCUCAUUGAGCACAAAGUUGGAUGGGAGACCCCUGUGUACACAUUAGUUGGGCAUGAAGCGGAUUUGCAAGAAGAGGAGCCUGAGCUCGAUCGAGCUGAGGAUCGAGCUGAGGCUCAAGCUGAAGAUGAGUGCAGGAGAGUGCUAUUGGGUGAGCCUGAGUGCUAUUACUUUGAGGAGUAUGAGGCUCCAAGGAUGAACCCCUCUGUUGUGGCUGCCCACAAGAGGAUUGGACUUCUCCAAAAGUUCAACAAGUGGCAAGGGAAGGCCAUGGACAAGAUGCAAAAGUCCAUGGAUAAGAUGGUGAGCAAGAUCAAGAGUUUGGAGAAGAAGGUUUCUGGUUCUUCAAGCAAGAAGAAGAAGGCACCCAAGGCCCCACUUUCCCUAGGAGUAGGUCACUCCUCACCACUCAAAGGAGGCUCUCCUGCCCAAGAGCCUCACAGAGCCUCUUCUUUCGAGCCAAGGGAAGGAGAAGACAACACGCAGAGAAGGAGGAAGACUCCAAGGCCAGACGCUCCAGCUCGACCACCGGACUCGAUCGAGUCCAAACAGAGGAAACUCAACUCGAUCGAGCUGACGGUCGAGCUGACCUGGAGGAGCCCCUGUUUGAGAAUCCGGAUUCGAGUACGAUCCAACGCAGUACCAGGACUUCUCUCAGACCAACUGGACCCCUACAACAGCUUCGAGCAAGCACAGCUCCACCAAGGCCAAGGGAGCCACACACAUUUCAACGAUGAAGAAGAGGAGGAAGAGGAGCCACAAGCUCGAUCGAGUGAGCCGCAAGAGGCAACCCCAGUUGCAUGGAGCGCUCCUGAUGGCCGUCUACCAUCUCCAGACCACGACCUAGUCUCCCAGUUCUUUGGGGGACACUGA